ACACCCAUUCAUUUCUUCGCUCUUAUCCUAGUCGAGAAGAACAUCGCACCUGCCUGUAUCAUGUCUGGACGUGGCAAAGGAGGCAAGGGUCUCGGAAAGGGAGGCGCCAAGCGUCACCGUAAGGUGCUUCGCGACAACAUCCAGGGCAUCACCAAGCCCGCCAUCCGUCGUCUGGCUCGCCGAGGCGGCGUCAAGCGCAUCUCCGGCCUCAUCUACGAGGAGACCCGAGGUGUUCUCAAGGUCUUCCUGGAGAACGUGAUCCGCGACGCAGUGACCUACACCGAGCAUGCCAAGCGCAAGACCGUCACCGCCAUGGACGUUGUCUACGCUCUCAAACGCCAAGGCCGCACCCUCUACGGCUUCGGUGGCUAAAAGAUCCGACUGACUUAUCAUCGCAAGCAAACCCCGGCCCUUUUCAGGGCCACCCAAAUGUCUAAGAAAGAGCUGUAUUUUCUCACAACAAUCUCACACACGUACACACCCAGUCGACUCUACUAAACAACGAGCAUAUAAGAUACAUUCUUUCAAAACCCAAGCAAUCACACCUGUUUGUGCUCACGUACGAUUGUAGUUUUCAAGAAUCGUUUGCGUUUGUUUAUUAGUUGUCUUGAUUCUGUGUGUUUGGGUGUGAUUUUGCUGGUGGAAACGUAAGAAUGCGGUGUUUUCUUUUGCUGAUGUUGUGGUCUUUGCUGCUUUAGUUGUAAUUAGCGGGUGUUUGUAGUGUGAGGAAGGAGACAUGUAGUAAAAUGUGAUGUGUUUUCUGUGCGCGGCGGAUGGAUCUUGAUGUGUGUGUGUUGUAUUGUUGUUGCUCCAUGUGCGGGCCGGCUGGAUGAGUCGUCACAGCUGUCUUGUCGUGAAAAGACAGUACUGUGCUGUACUUUGAUAAACCAAUCAAAUUUCAUUUGUCAUGCCUGGUAAGGGUGGAAUUCCACUGUCAAUGUAGAAAAGAAACGCAAGUUCGACGGACAAUAAGACGCAGACAAGGUGUGACGAUUCCGGCCAGGUCCGUGCCCUUAGUACUAGUACUUCAUGCCAGCUUGACAAGACAUCAGACUGGUUCAUUUGAUUUGCGCGACUAACGCAGACAAGACAGCAUGUCCGCUCCAGCAUCGUCCCCGAAGAAGGCCAAGAAGCCCGCGGCGCCCAAGGCCCCUGCGGCUCACCCGCCCACCACCG